AUGAAUUGUGUAAUUUUGGUGUUUCUCUUGCUAUUUGUGACCACCACCUUCUCUAAAGCACAAGCGCAGCUCCAAAUAGGUUUCUACUCCAAGACAUGCCCUAAUGCGGAGUCCAUUGUCAAAUCCGUCGUGAAAGAAGCCACUCUCUCCAAUCCACGAGCGCCGCCUAUUCUUCUGCGUCUCCAUUUUCACGACUGCUUCGUCGAGGGUUGCGACAGUUCCAUCCUGAUCGAAAAUGGACCUGAGUCGGAGAAUAAAGCCGCCGAACAUCUAGGUAUCAAAGGUUUUGAUUAUAUUGCGAAAGCGAAACAGCUAAUUGAGAAUGAGUGCCCCGGGGUUGUCUCGUGUUCUGACAUCGUCGCCUUGGCCGCUAGAGAUGCUGUUGUUGGAGGACCAAUUUAUGAAGUUGAAACUGGAAAAAGAGAUGGUAGAGUUUCAGACUCCAAGCUUGUUGUUGCUAUGCCAAGAGUUGAUGAGUCAGCCGAUUCAUUCAUAGCCAUAUUCAAAAAGAAGGGUCUUUCAAAUGAAGAACUUAUCAUACUUAGUGGGGCACAUACGAUUGGGACGGCCGCAUGUUUCUUCAUGCAAAAGAGUUAUAACGCAACAAAUAAUUCCGACCCAGAGAUCAAUCCUCGCUUUCUACCGGAGUUGAAGCGGUUGUGCCCUAAGUACGGGGAUGAAAAUGUUAAGAUCCCUAUGGAUCCAGUGACGGGAGACAGAUUUGACAAUCAACCCUUUCGAAAUAUCAAGAAUGGAUAUGCCGUGUUAGCAUCUGAUGCUAGAUUCUACGACGAUGGUCUGACUAAACCAGUGGUGGAUUUCUACGCCAAAGGGUCGCAGUUUGGGCAAGAUUUUGCAAAGGCACUUGUGAAGAUGGGCCGGAUUGAGGUGAAGGUUGGGACAAAUGGGGAGAUUAGACGAAUUUGUAAUGCUUUCAAUCGAGAAUAUUACACGAGAUAA